UUGGCACCCUCCUGCCCACUCUUGAAACACUAAUGUCAAAGACCCUGGAGGUGAAAGACAGUCUGACUGUGGCAACGGGCCUACCUAAAGCCAUAGUUCAGGCUAUCAAAAGACGAUUUGCAUCCGUCUUGGAAAGCAGCGACGCAAUGCUGGCAGCCGUCACUCUUCCCAAAUUCAAGUUGCGGUGGCUGAGAGACCAGAGGAAGAAAGAGAUGAUCAAGGGAAUCCUGGUAGCAGAGUGUCACAAGUUUGUCCCUGGCCCUGAGCAGCAACCAGCCAGGAAACUUGUGUCUCCGACAACCCCACCAGACUCAGGCUCCUCCAAAGACAAAGAGCAGGACUUCUUUUCCUUUGAGGACGAUGAUGAACACUUUGCCUCUGUGGAGACUGAGGUAAUGUCCUACUUGAAAACCGCCGAAACAGGCAUGGAGAUUCUCCAACAAUUUCCCACAAUAAAGGAAAUUUGUCUGAAGAAAAAUGCAGCUAUCCCAUCCAGUGCACCUGUUGAGAGACUCUUCAGUCUGGGAGGCCUGGUACUGUCUCCAAAGAGGAACAGGCUUUCUGACCAAAGGUUUGAGAAGCUGCUUCUCAUGAGGUACAACCACUGGUUCGAAGACUAAACCUCCACUCAAACAUUAGUCAGGUCUUUGCCAAUAAGCACCUUCUUUGUUGUUUGUUGUUGUUGUUUGUUUUACAUUCUGUUAAAUUUUACAACACUUAUUUUAUGGUUGCUGCCUGGACUUCAUAGUUGAACUUAAGGAAAGAUGUUUUGACUUUAUUUUUAUUUUUAUAUAUAUACUUAUUUUGAUGGACUAUACACAACAGCAGUUGCUUACCUCAUACAUAUUUCGUGCUGAAAGCAGUUGUAUUUUUGCACAUUGAUUCUGAAUAAUAUAUUCAGCUUACAUUUAUGGUUGUCUAACCAGCAGUUACUUGGUGCUGAGUGAAUGUUCAUUUUUCCAACUUGAUUCUGAAUAAUAUAUUCCAAUUGUAUGCAGUUAUUUGUUUCAGAAUGCCUUGAGAAAAAUAAGAUAAUUUAUUUUGUGUUUAUGUUGUUUGCUGGAUUAGAGAUAUGAAGGAACAAUAGUUAUGGUGCUGCUGAUCUGAUGAAGCCAUCAUUUUAAUUCAGAAUUACUUGAGAAAAAAUGGCUUUUUGGUUAGGCUAUGUUGUGUGCCUUUCUUGAGUUAAGCCAGGUUUACAGCUAUGUUGUGAUAUGUUGUUAUAAUGAAUGCUGUUUGUUACUUAUGUUGCAGCUAUCUUCUGUAUUAUUUAUGGCAGACUAGACCCAACUCUGACCUCCUAAAGGGCAAUUCUGACCUGUAAAGGGCAGCAAGUUUGCAGGCAACUACCUAGUAUGUAGUAUUGUCAGUUUGUUCUGGCCUAAAAUAAAUUGGCACUUGGAAACA